GCCGGCGCGAGUGCGAGUUCGAACUCUGUGUUGACGGCGAUUGUUGUUAUGUUUUGAUGCUUCUAGAGACUGACUUGAACAUGAUAUUGUUCGGAGUUUUAUCAUUACUAUUAGGUAGCGCGGUGGGCCAGGAGGACGCGUUCUACUUCACCAAGAACCCCGCGGACGUGACGGCGGUGGCCGGGGGACAUGCCAGUCUGCAGUGCGAGGUGUCCACCCCCGGGCUCGUGUACUCCUGGCAACACGACGGUGGUCUAGUGGUCAACUCCACUCGCCGCCUCCAGGUCGGGCCGUCCCUCGUGUUCCGCAGAGUCGACCCUACCACGGACCCUGGACAGUACAAGUGCAUCGCCACCAACGCCACCUCGGGGUUCUCCAUGGCUAGUCGCGCUGCCACAGUCGACGUACAUUGGUUAUCGGAGUCAGCACAAGUGAUUCUGCAGAGUCCUUCCUCAGUCCCGGAGAUCAAAGAAGGAGACAACGUCACCAUCAAGUGUCACGUGGAGGGCAGUGAAGACAUCAGGGUAGAGUGGUUCAGGAAUGAUGAACGAGUGUUGAAGACGGACCGAGUGCUGCCUCGCGGACGGAGAUUGACUCUACGUGGAGUGACUCCUGGAGAGAACGGAGUCUACCGAUGUUCAGCCUCAAACGAGGCGGGCUCCGUUGAGAGUUCCAACACAGUCUAUCUCAACAUACCUGGAGACCAGUGGGCCUGGAUACAGGUAGUCCCUCAGGAUGUGUUAUCCCGGAAAGGAGCAGCUGUUAGGUUCGACUGUGUCUACCAGAGUGCUGAUGUCCUGGAAUGGUACUUCAAGGAGACAGGGCCGUUGGAAAACAGUACCAGAUUCAGUGUUUUCCCCAAUGGAUCUCUGGUGAUUCACAAGGUUCGGCCGACAGACGAAGGGUGGUACUCCUGUGUGGGAAUCAGAGGAGAAUCUACGGCAGUUCCACAGAAAUACACUGCUAAGCUUACCCUGGCCUACCUGGGAGAGGUAGGCAGUCACUCUCUGGAGCCUGUCGUAGAAGGGCCUCGUGUGGUAGGAGAGGGGGGAGAGCUACAAGUCACCUGUCUGGCACCGAGGUCACUACCUAGGGCCUCAGUCCAGUGGCUGGGCCCCCUCGGUGCCCCCGCCUCCACCUCUGACCUCCUCAGCAUACAGUCCGCCAGUCAGAGAGAUGCUGGCAACUACAGCUGUGUCAUCAGCAACAUCGCUGACUCCAGGAGUGUUACUUUCAACCUCAUUGUGGCAUCUCCCCCCACCAUAGUGAAGGGCCCAGCUAAGGUGUCAGUGAAGGAAGGAGAGCCGGCUCUGCUGCACUGUCAGUACACGGGACUGCCUCCUCCCCUGACCACCGUGACAUGGCUGCGGGACAAGACGCCUGUCCAUAGUCAGGUGCACCCCAACGGCAGCCUGCACCUGCACAGCACACAGGUGGCGGACCGUGGCGAGUAUGUGUGUGUUGUCAACACCUCGUCUCUUCCUCCAGUCUACUCUAGUCCAGCAACGCUACAUGUUAGAGAAAAAUUGAAAUUCUCUCCUCGCCCGGUAGACAAAAAGCUUGAACUUGGUUCUGUGAAGAAGGUUUACUGCAAGGCACAAGGAGCUGAUCCUCCAGUCAUCAAAUGGAUGAAGGAGGGGCAAGAUACACUGUCGAUGGAUUUUCCUGAGCAUGUGCAAGACAUCAAUGGAACUCUUCACUUCAACCAAGUGCAAGCUUCUGAUAAGGGACGAUAUACCUGUGUAGCGACCAACUCCCAGGGCCUCAUCAAUGUUACCAUCGACAUUGAUGUUGUCGUGACACCAAAGUUUGUGGUCCUGCCACAAAAUCCAACAGAUGCUUUUGAAGGUUACCCUGUAAUCAUGGACUGCAUUGCUGAAGGAGACCCAAAACCAACGAUUCAAUGGGACAAAGACACUGUCAUGAAUGAUUUUGAUCAAAGAAGGUUCCAUGUGCUUGAUAACGGCUCGCUGUUGAUAGACGAAGUUCACUUAUCAGAUGAGGCCAAGUACGGUUGUACAGCUGGCAACAGUGGAGGUCUCAAGCGAUAUGAGGUCUCUCUUAUUGUCAGAAAUAUGGAUGGAUAUCGACCCGAUGGAGCUAUAGAGGGGCUGGAGGGAGACGGGUCAAUGAUGACUCGCACUGUCAGUAUUACAUUGAGUGCUGCGGCCGCGUACAUGGUCCUGGUCAUUGGACUGAUGGCGUGGUGUCGCUACCGUAGACGCAAGCGCAAACAAGCCUAUCUUGAUGCCAACCCUGCAUCACCUCUCACUGAUUUAGGUAAAGUCGAGGCAGGCAACAGCAUAGAUACAAAAGCUAAAGUGCGCAACGGAGAUGUUCAUACACCACGCAGUGACGGGGAAAACACAGGACAGUCUGCCGGGUCCAACCAGUCGAAGCGAUCCAGAGGAAACUACGACAAACUCUCCUUCCCUCGCCAGGAUAUCCACAACAUGAUGCUGUUAGGUAAUGGAGAGUUUGGUGAAGUUUACCUGGCCCAAGCCAAGGGUCUGACCAGCAGCAAGGAGGCAGACACUGUGGUGAUGGUGAAGGCUCUACAACACACAAGAGACGAGGCUUCAUUGCAGGAGUUCAAGCGACAACUGGACAUGUUCUCUCGCCUGGACCACACCAAUGUCGCCAAACUUGUCGGUCUGUGUAAUGACCAGGAGCCUCACUACAUGAUCCUUCAGUACUCCGAUUGGGGUGACCUGAAGCAGUUUUUGGUUGCAACAAGGAAAGAGGGAACAGCGGCUAAGCCUCGACCCACUCCCCUGACUGUAGUCCAGAACUUGUCCUUGGUGCAGCAGCUGGCCUUAGGCCUAGAGCACCUGGCCAAUCAUCGGCUGGUACACAAGGACGUGGCUGCUCGGAACUGUCUCAUAGCUAGCGACUUGACUGUCAAACUCUCUCUGUCUGCUCUCUGCAAAGACACUUACAGCAAGGAGUACUACAGACAUCGCAACCAGCUGAUUCCACUGCGGUGGAUGCCACUAGAAGCUGUGGCGGAGGACGACUUCUCUUGCAAGUCAGAUGUCUACUCGUUUGCCGUAACAGUCUGGGAGAUCUUUAGCCGAGGGGAGCUGCCCAUGAGCAAGAUGAGUGACCGUGAGGUCCUUACAGCGCUAGAGACGGGAGAGUUACGAUGGAAGCCUCACAAGUCAAUGCCCGAGGGACUCCGCACACUGUUGGCCAAGUGUUGGCAGCCGAGUCCACGUGACCGACCUACCUUCUCUCAAGUGGCAGUCACUGUCAGUGAUCCUGCACUAGUCACUUCAGUAUCGUGAAAAUCAACUUAAAACCUUUCUUAAGAAUAAUGUAACAUAGAACUUAAGGGCUUAGGUUUUAAUGGUUUUAGGGUAGCAAGCUUACCUUAACGAGAAAGAGUCCACUCCCACACAAGAAACACAAAAAAAAACUUUACACUGAACUCAAAAAUUAUUUUCACUUUUUGAAAUCUCUUCAAACAAUAAUUUACACUAAUACUGUUAACUCACAAGGUGGUAAAUAUACAUAAAAUAUGGUAAGUGGUGAUGGAUUUCGAUUGAACACUCCAAUCGUCAUCAGAUCCCAUAGGCGAAAUCUCUUCCCAACUCAAAUGUAUCUUAGUUGUUAUCAGUGAAGGGGCAGGAUUUUGUGGAUAUUGUGAGGAGAGGACUAUUUCUCAUUCAGAUAAACUUACUACAACACAAAAUGUUUUAAAGUUUUCUAACUAUACGUUUUCAGGCAAAAUCUUUCAACCACCAUUUCCCCUAAACCAGCUAAUUUAGAAACUGACAACCAAUAUAAUUUUUAUAAAAACAUCAAAGAACCAAAAUACUCACCUUAGCAAAGAUUUGGUUUUUCAACGUGUAACAUGAAAGAUCUCUUAUUGUAGAUUUUAGUUCUAGAUUGUUCUGAUUUCAAUCCUUGUUGUUUCAACGUUAUAAUCGAUAUCUGUGAUUUAAAUGUUUUUUACCAUCCAAACCUAAACAAACAUGUAAAAGCAUGGCAAUACUCUCUAGAUUGCUUUUGACUCCACAUACUCUUGCACUGCCAUCCUCAACAGACUGUUAGAGACAAACUUCUUUUUUAAGCCACGCCUUAAAACCACAAAGACAACCCAAUUCAUUGUGAUGGAUUUGCUAUCUGAACACAAAAAAAAUAUUAUUUUUUAUUUCUUUUUUUUAAUACGUUUGGACAUUUUUUCCUGUACUGUAUUUCUAAUUCGUGAAACUAAAGAUAUAAUUUUUUGAAAGUAAAGUCUAUUUGAUCAAAUGCAUUUCUGCAAGUCAGUACAUUGAUCUUUAUUGUUUGAAAAUGAGUUUUAAUUAUUAAUCUUUUUUAACUGUGUGUUAACACCUACCUGAUUUUUAACUGACUUCAAAUUUGUCCUCUACUUUGAUUUUCAAAUCAAUAAUGAUUUAUUAUUCUAGUUGUUCUAUUAUCUUAUUAUGUUCUUUGUAUGUACAAUUGUAAAUAUCUAUUUAAGAAAAGUACCAAAUGCAUUUAUUGUAUAUUAAUUUAAAUCUAAUGUAAAAAUUAGUGUUGUGUCCAUAACUGUAAGUUGUUUACAGUUAUAUUGUGUAGACUAAUUUGUAGUACUUAAUAUUUACCUAAAUUUGUCUUUGAAACAAGAAUGCUAGAUGACUUUAUCUCAGUAAAAUUUGAUUUAUUAGAUUUUAUUUAGCAUUCCCUAGAAUAAUAAUUAUUUAAAGCUAGAGAAAUUAAUAAAACAUAGUACAAUUACAUGUUUUUUUUUCUUAUUAAAAAAUAUAUAAUUUAAGUGUGUUAAAUAUUUGUUCAAUUGCUACAUAAUUUGACUUGAGUUUUCACUGGAUAAAAAUAUGUUCACACCAUAAGAUUUGGGUUUUUAUUCAAAACGGCUUUUAGCAUUAUUUAAGUUAAUUAACACUAAAAUAGAAGGAAGUGCCCUUCAGUAAUAAAAUAGCAAUAUAAAUAUAUCUUUCAUAAAAAAUGUUUACAUACUGAAUGUUGAAAUAAUAAUGUCACUCAGUAAAUGUAUUACCCUGUUUAUAAAUAAAAUUUAAGAUGUGUUUAAUUUGGGAUACAGUAUAUUGAAGUUUUUAAUACAAAGUAUUUUAACUAUGUAAAUAUAUGAAUUAAAAAAAAAUAUGUUCUCGUUAAGUACUUAACUUCUGUACCACAUUUUUGUAAACUGUAAAGUUUGAUAUGCUGGUAAGGUAGUCAAUAUAGUUAAUAUUGUAGUGUGUAGUUUAGUAGUUUGGUAUCUGUGAUUGUGACUCAUGUAGUCCCUAUGUUAUAUGUUAAGUAUAUAUUCUAGUCAGUAGCACUACUUUGGAAUCUAUCCAACCUAAAAAGUCCUUAUUCUCGGGGAACAUAAGAAUAUUUUGUUGAAAUGUGUAAAUAAUAUUUUAAACCCUUAAAUGACAUUGUAGAUAGUUUCAAAAUCGUUUGUGUAAACGGCUGUUCAUCGUUUUAUCCUAGUGAAUGAAUAUUAGCUAACACAUUUUGUAAGUGUUCCAUUGGACUAUCUUUGUUUACUUUUAUAUUCUUUUAUACAAACAUUAUAUAAGCAAA